AUGCCCUCUCCACCAUGCUGCGAAACCAACCCUCACGAGGUCAUCAGCACGUAUUUUAUCGGUCCCAAGGCGGAAAAUAUCUCAGUAUUUCAAGAUAAUUUUAUUACCAUCUUGAAGGAGCUUGAGAAGACCCGACUUGCGUAUCAUAGUGAUGAUGAGGUAUUUAUUUCAGAAGAAGUUCGAGAGUCUAAUACCUUCAAAAUGAUCACUAAAAGGUUCAACGAAGCGUUGAAGUUGACUGCGAAGUUGAUGGGAGAACACUCGAUUCCUUUUUGGCACCCACGGUAUGAAGGCCACAUGUGCACCGACCUGACCAUGCCCGGUCUCCUCGGAUAUGCGGCCACGAUGAUGUUCAACCCUAACAACGUCACCGUCGAGGCGAGUCCUUUUACCACCGUUGUUGAACAUAAGGCUGGCAAGCAGCUGUGCGAGAUGUUCGGAUACAAUACCAACGGGAACAUCUGUCCGACGGCGUGGGGCCACAUUACCUGCGAUGGCACGGUGGCUAAUCUAGAGUCUAUUUGGGUUGCACGGAAUCUGAAAUUCUACCCCCUCUCGUUGCGCAGAGCCAUGAAAAAUGGCCCUCUCGGCUUCAUCGCUAACGAUAAAUUCAAGGUCCUCAAUUGCCUCGGGGAAACGAAGCCCUUCAAGGAUCUCACUCUCUGGGAAUUGCUGAACCUCUGGCCUGAUACCAUCUUGGGAAUCGCCAAUACUCUGCACACAGAAUUUGGUAUCACGCCUAAGUACCUUGAGGAUUCCUUGAGGAAUCACAACAUCCAGACGAUCGGGAAAGAUGCACUGGAGCGGGAAUUUGGUCUCGAGAAGCAGGGGCAAUACUUCCUCGCGAAGACCAGGCAUUACUCAUGGCCUAAGGGCGGUGCCAUUGCGGGCCUGGGCUCCGGCAACAUGCAAGGAAUCGAUCUAGACCUGGACGGCCACAUCGACCUCAAAAAGCUCAAGAAGAAGCUCGAACAUUGUUUGAGAGAAGAGCAACCGGUGUAUGCAGUCGUGGCCGUGAUGGGAUCCACAGAAGAGGGCGCUGCCGACCGACUGAGCGAGAUCAUCAAGCUUCGAAAAGAGUUCCGCGAGAAGGGACUGUCGUUCCUGGUCCACGCAGAUGCCGCCUGGGGAGGCUAUUUUGCCAGUAUGAUCCCCCCGGAAGUCAAGAAGGGACCCGGCGAUGGGAAAAAAGCCAUCGACAAGGUUCCGUCGCUGUCUCUCCGGAAGGAUACUUUGACGGACUUUAUGGCGCUGAAAGAUGCGGAUUCGAUCACCGUGGAUCCUCACAAGGCCGGAUAUAUUCCCUACCCCGCUGGUGGGCUGGUGUAUCGGGAUGGCAGGUUAAGGUUCCUGGUGACCUGGACCAGUCCAUAUCUGACGCAAGGAUCGCUGGAGAGCAUUGGUGUUUAUGGAGUUGAGGGCAGCAAGCCCGGUGCGGCGGCUAUGGGAACGUGGUUGUCCAACCAGACUAUCGGUCUCGACGAGAAUGGGUAUGGUCGUUUGCUGGGAGAGGCCGCGUUCACAAGUGCCCGGUUGAGUGCCCACUAUGCGGCCAUGCACUGGAAGCAGCCCUUGGACAAAGAUACCGGCAAACGCCGCUACAUCUGCAUCCCGUUCAACAGACUCCCUAAGGAGAAAGAGGGAAACGGCUAUGAUUCUCUGGAUCCCGAAGUUGAUAAGCGAAGAGAAUGGAUUACCAACAACAUCCUUGAGAAAUCGAACGAAGAAAUCGUGGAAGACCCCAAAAUCAUGGAUUAUCUCCGGGAACUAGGCUCAGACCUCAACAUCAAUGCAUUUGCGCUCAACUGGUACCGCGAAGACGGCUCGAUCAAUGACGAGAUUGAGGAGGCAAAUUAUCUGAUGAAGAGAGUGGUUGACCAACUCUCGAUCACCAAGGCAGAUCAAAACCCGCAGGGAAUUCCCCUGUAUUUAACAUCGACCCAGUUCGAGCCCGACUUGUACGGCACAUGCGCACUGCACUUUAUGAAACGACUACACCUCAAUCCGGCAAAGCAGGACCUCUUUGUCCUGCGCAAUGUUGUCAUGAGCCCCUUCCCAACUGAAAAGAAUUUCAUCGGUGGCUUGAUGGACUACUUAGAGACGGUGAUCACAAAGGAGGUCAAGGAAACUCUCUGGCCAAGGAACAGGCCUGGAAGCUAUCAUGUCAACUUCUUGAUGUACGGCACUGACGAAAUAUUCCUCGACUUCCUGACGAGCUUCCAUCAGGCGACUCAGCGCCAGCAGAUUAUCCUGUCUGCGGACCUUGACUCGGGUAAAAAGGCGCAGUAUGUGCAACUCAAGACGGACAACCCACUAACUGAGAUUGCCUGGUUAUCCGACAAGAAAGAGGAUAUAAAGGCUACAAUAAUUGAGAUGCUCGCGGGCAAGCAUCCCAUUCUCAAGGGCUCGAUCGCCGUUAAAGAUAAGGAGACCGGCGAGUAUGUCCGGCGGAUCUCGGAUUGCCAGGUCACACUCAAUCGCAUCGUGAAGAGCCGGCCGCUUAACUCAUCCAAUCGCGAACUCGGGUAUCCUGAAGACUUCACGCCCUUCUACCUAUACGGAACACCCGCCCAACCUCAUAUCUCGCACAUGCUGCUCCGAGCCCCAAACAUCUCGCUCUCAGCCAGCAACGUGAAACUGGAUCUGGACCACACACAGGCCGUUAAUGACAGGCUCUCCAAUGGCUUGAUCCUGACACUAUCCGACUGGCGUGAGGUGACCAUGCAGCCUUUCCCAGCCACAAAUGACGAAAUCCGCAAGGAAACGUCCUUUUUCUUCCGCAAGGACAAUAAAUUCAGUGUCAAGGUGUUUGAAGACCCCAAGUUAGCGCACGAUGAAGGCCCGGAACUUUUGGCUGGUCUGAAACAGCCAAUCGCGCAGGGUACAAUGACCUUGGGGGAUGACGUGCGUGUGGACGUGGAGGGACCGAACAAAGAUCCGUUUGACAACCCCCCCUCCACGAAGUCAUGGGAAGAUGAAUUGGACAAGGUCAAGGCUGUCUUGAAUGGUGAUCAGAUAGUGUGUGAGGAUGGCACGAAAGUAGGGAGCUGA